CUCCCUGUGUAGAACCUCUCUGUCCCAUCCCCUUUCCCCCUUAUCCCCUCUCUCACCAUCUCUCCCCCUAGUCCCGGUUUUCCCAGAGUUCAUUCUGGCCGGCACCACCAUUCCGGCCAAGGGGGAGGAGGACUUCCUCACGCUGGCCGCCUCCCGGCUCAGCCGUAGGAGACGUGUCAUCGGGGCAGGAGUGGGCGUGGCCAUGGUGCUGGUGCUGCUGGUCGCCAUCCCCUUAUUGGUUCACACCACCAAAGGGGGAGCGUCUGGAGGCGGGAGCACCCAUUAUGAGAUGCUCGGCAGCUGCAAGAUGGUGUGCGACUCUUUCACCCCCCCACAGGGCAGCCAUGAGCUGACCGCUGUCUCCCCCCAACCCCCAGACUUCACAGGGAGAAGGGGCAAGUCUGGGUUUCGUGGGAGCCCUGGACUCCCUGGCCCCCCAGGCCCCAGAGGUCCCCAAGGAGAACCAGGCAAGCCAGGCCCCCCUGGUCCCCCUGGCCCUGGCCCAGGGGGCUACGUCCCCUCCUUCUACAGCCCCAAGAUCGCCUUCUACGCAGGCCUCCGCAAACAGCAUGAAGGGAGUGAGGUGUUGAGGUUUGACGACGUGGUGACCAAUGUAGGGAACUACUAUGAACCCAGUACUGGCAAGUUCACCUGCCCCCUACCUGGCAUCUACUUCUUCACCUACCAUGUCCUGAUGAGGGGCGGAGAUGGGACCAGCAUGUGGGCCGACCUAAAAAAGAAUGGACAGGUGAGGGCCAGUGCCAUAGCCCAGGAUGCUGAUCUGAACUAUGACUAUGCCUCUAACAGUGUCAUCCUGCACCUGGACGUGGGGGACGAGGUGUGCGUGCAGCUCGACGGGGGCAAAGUUCAUGGAGGAAACACCAACAAAUACAGCACCUUCUCUGGCUUCCUCAUCUACCCCGACUGAAGGCAGCCACAUGUUACACACACAAACACACACACAACCACAUACAAACAAUCUCCCAGGCAAACAAAUACAGCAACUUUUUCAGGAUCCUCAUCCAACCUGAUUCUCACAACCACUCUCUUUCUUCUUUCUCUACGCUCUCUUUUUUUCCCUCUUUCUCUCUCCCUCUCUCUCUCAUACUCCAUUGCUAAAACACACAGUAUUUAGAGAAACAGAUGCAAUGGGAAAAGGAAAUAUAAUAAUGGCUCUGUGUUUUUAAUGUCUAGAUAAUGGCCAAACCAUAACAUUCCAAACCAAGUGCUGUUACAAGGCAUCUAAUCUGCAAGUGUGUAUAUAGAAAUGUUAAUUUAAUACACACACCCACACACCCAUUUGUUUGUCAUGUGUUUUGUCAUUCUCAUGAUAUCAAUGAAUCAUAGAUAUGUAAAUGAAACUAACAUGUAAGUAUGGGGUGACAAACAAGAAUUAUGUCAAGACAAAAACUUGUUUAAAGAUCAUCUUGAUAUUGUGUAUAUUCUUAAAGUUACAUAUAUAUUCACUUCUGAUGCACACACAUAUGUGUGUAUGAUCAUGUAUGUGGAAGCAUACUUACAUGACUCACAUGCAGCUCUUUCACACACACACACACACACACACACACACACACACACACACACAUGCAAACACACACACAGUGAUUCAUUGAACUUCCCCUAUCUAGUGUUGCAUUGACACGAGCUGACCAUUUCGGCCACCAGUGUGGAAUUGAGUAAAAUGGUUUCAGAAUGCAGACUGCAAUGGAUGACUGCGAGGUUGGUUGUGGGGCUUCCCGCCUCCCUUCUUCGCUCCAAGAUGGAUUUCCAAUGCGGCUGAAGACACCAAAUGAGAAAAGUCAUGAAUAUAUUGAUCGGAGUUGAUAAUACACCCAACACCACGAAAAUCAUCAGUGUGGUGUGUGUGUGUAAGAUAAGUUUCAUGUUGUUAGUUUUACCCACAUGGCUCCUGCCUACAGCUAAUGGGGUGGGGAGGGGUGAUGGUUGUCCCCUAACAAACAGGAUAUCAAUGAUGAGGCUUAUGGUAGACAGAGACAGUAUUUUCCCAGACCUUAUGGCGGAUGACAGAGCAUCAUCAUGUUCCACUAAAGAGCCCAGAUAUCCUGUGUUUAAACCCUCAACUGUUGGCGGGACUCCAUUACUAUUCCUAUAUUCACUUUACAUUCAAUUGAUAACAGAGCAAUUUAAAAUGGGUGUCAAACCCAGGCAUAAUCAGAGAUGGAGCUUUAUAUCAUGGCAUGCUGGUUAUUUGUAUAAUGAUGAGUCUUCUUUUCUUCUAAGGUAAGCAGCCUGUUUGUUUACAGUGUGGAUACGGACAUUGAGGAUUCAUCUUGUACUCUGUACAGAAUUAGUUUCACAUUUUCAAAUGUAUGCUGCUACCGUAGAACUAGAUACAGACUGUCUUCAAUGGAAAUGUACAUCAUUGUGUGUAAUUGAAUGUACCAUACAUUAUUAAUUAUGUAAAUGCAAUUCAAAUAUGCAGGUUCAGGUUGAUUCUGUCUGUCAAAGAUGUUAUGCAAACACUUGACACGGUGGCAAUGAGACUAUAUUGUGUCACUUGUGUUAUCGAUCAAGAAUGGAUUUCAUGGCAAUUUUAGUGUGGGGGGCAUUAUUACGUUGUCAGACCAUUUAAAAAAACACAACUAUCUUUACAUCAAUGUGAAUGCCCUGCCUAGACAAUACCAUGAAAAGCAGGUCCUUCUCCUGUAGUUUAUAGCAUCAUACAUGUACCUAAUGUAAGUAGUUGUACAUGUUACAGGACUUCAGAGGAGGGCUCUAUUGUAACAAGUUGUUGUAUUAGGAAAACCACAGAAUAAAUGUAGCUGCAGCAGGGAUUAUACUGCUACUCCAUGUGUGUGCAUUAGUGUUGCAGCAUAUGGCUGGUGUGUGUGUGUCAAGUCUCAGGUCCAACUACAGGACAGAGCUUUGGGCUUGAUCUAGAGACAGAACACUGGUUAUUAUCAAACUGCAUCAGUCAGAUGAAAACAGUAUUCCUGUACUAUAUCUUAACUGACAGUAUUACAACAACCACCUAUCAUCGUAUAUAAACCAACACAAUGUACGGAUUUGUUUGUGUGUACAUGACCUCUCUCUUUGUCAUGCUGCAUUCUACUGUGUUCCCUGGAACUAAAUAAUGUUAAAUAACUUACUGUUGAAAAGGAAACCUGGUCUUUGUUUAUGAACAGUAUGAAUUGAUUGUUGUCACUGUACCUUGCAAGCUGAGCUGUGUGUGCAUAUCUUAUGUAUAAUAUUAUCAACAACAAUUUAAUCUGUCCUAAGACAAUAAUAUAUAAGACCUACAAUAAAACAAUGUGAAGAUGAUU